AUGUCUGGCGUCCUGACCUUCCGCGAGACGGUCAAGCUGGUGCGAGACUACCUCGAAGUCGCCUUUCACACCCUUCUAUACAUCCGCCAAGUCUACCCAGCCCAGCUCUUCGCCGAGGUCAAGAAGUACAACAUCCCUAUCUGGCAGUCACGACAUCCGAUGCUGAACGAGUAUCUCGGGCGAAUACUCGAGUGCAUUCAGGGAGAGAUGGAGAAGGGAACGAUACGAAGAGUCAUCUUCGUGGUGAAGGAUGCGGGACCGGACGAGACGCCUCUCGAGCGGUUCAUCUUCGAGUUCGAGUGGUUGAUCCCGGAGCGGGACAUGCCGAAGGCUGGCGACGACUUCACUCCAGCGGCGCACGGUCUUGCAGAAGGCGACGUGGAAGAACUGCUUCGAGCGUGUCUUCUCAAGCUCAACCACUCUUCCGCGUAUCUGACACGGCUCGAGGGCGAGGUCUCGUUUGCCGUCCUGGUCGAGCUGAAAGACGACGCGCCUCCGCCAGAAUCGAAGGCUGCGCGCGAAGGGCACGUUGGUACAGAGUGGAUCCCAGCAGAUAGCCGGCAAGCGAUGGAGGACGACGGCGAGGGACCAGGUCGAGGGCCGACGAACAAGAGCGAGCUGAGCAGCAUCUCGCCACUCGAGGCGAUCCGACUGGGCAUGAUCAACAUGGACAUGCGGGUCGAAGAGUGUGCGGCCAAAUUCAAGGGAGAGGACGACGAGAUGGCGGAUAGCAGUGCCGAGGUGGCGAUACGAAAGCUGCCAGAUCGUAAGGGCAAGGGAAGGGCAUACUAA